AGAGCAACAGAUAAGGUGCGUAUUUGCGUAUUUACGCAAUUAAUUUUACAAAAUACGCAAUUGGUCAUUUUAAGAUGCGUAUCAAAACUCAUUAAAAAAAAUAAGAUACGCAAUUGUCUUUAAGAUUAACGCGUAUUGACAUUUUUGUCCCUGCUGCCGACUAAAGUUAACUAUAGGGAUGUUAUCCGAGAAUUCCCAAAUAUAAAUAAAGGCUUACUCAAUGACUAUUCCGGUCUUCGACGGACCCCGGUCUCCAAAGACCACCGAAUACUUAUAAUACUACGGCGCCUAAGAUCAGCGGUUUUUGUAUACCGGCAGAGACCGUUUAUUUUGAGACCGUUGAUAAGUAGAUAUUCAUCUGUAUCAAUAGAAGCAUACAAAGCAAUAUGGCGGCGUAUUUACGAGGACGAAAAAGAAAACAACAAGAUUUGAAGCAGAACAGUUUAAUUACUAAAUUCUACCAAAGUAGCAAUUUCAUUUCGCAGCGGGAACAAGAUGUAAAAAUUAUUUUGAACGAUCUAGUAUCAAAUUGUGUCAAAAUUCCGCCAGAACAGGACAUUGUUGGAAAUAUUUUAGACGAUGUAUUGAGUGCAAUAUUUCAGAACGUUAACAAAAAACUGACACAUUCGGGCGAACGCGUGAAUAAAAAAACACAAAUGGAAUGGACAACUAAGUUUCCAUGGCUACUUAUUGAAGGCGAGUCAAGUGAAAUGAAACUAUUUUGCAGCAUAUGUAAAGCAAAGAAAGACAUAUUAAAACUAGCUAGUGUAUGGGCGAACGAUGGCUGUCCUAACAUACAAAUUUCAAGUAUUGGAAGACACAAUCUAAGCACUGAACAUAAAAAUGCAUGUAGUUUCACUGAAAAGGAAACGAAAGUGAAUGAAAUUAUAGAAGCUGAAAAAUUGGAUCAUAGUAACAGUAAUGUCAUUAUUUCACCUGAAGAUAAAAAACUUUUCAAUACAAUUUAUUUUGCUGCAAAAUCAGAGUUACCAUCAGCAUGUAUUAAUGGAUUACUUUCCUUACAGUUACUUAAUGGUGUGGACAUGAAGUACAGAGAUCUGAGUUGGGACACGAUAACUGAAAUUCAGAGUUCUAUAUGUCAGGUUUUAAAAGAUAAUGUUGUUACUGAAAUUAAACAUUCAAAAUAUUUUGGAUUGAUGUUAGAUGAAAGCACUGAUGUAACAGUGGAUAAAAGGCUUUCCAUAUGUAUUCGCUAUGUUAAAGGAGGGGAAGCAGUGACAAAAUUUCUUUGUAAUGUUCCUGUUGAUGACGGCUGUGCACAUACCAUAAUGAACUGUGUAGCAGACACAAUGGAUCAACUAGGUAUACCUCUUCACCUUUGCACAUCACUUUCAACUGAUGGUGCUGCAACCAUGAUAGGAAAACGUACCGGUGUUGGUGUUCAACUCCAGGCCAAGUUCUCCCCAUUCUGUGUCCAAACUCAUUGCGUGGCACACAGACUUAACCUUGCCUGCACUGAUACAAUCAAGAAAAGUGAGUAUAUGGUUAAGUUCAGAGAUAAGUUUAAUUCCCUCUACUUUUUUGUGAGUGCAUCUAGUUUGCGGACAUUGGCUCUGAAAAGAAUUCAAGAAGUCCUACAAGAGCCAGAAUUGACAGUAAAACAACCACAUUCUAUAAGGUGGUUAGGACUGAAAAAUGCAGUUGAGGCAGUUUUCCAUUCCUACUCGGCAGUGAUUGCAACUCUAUCUAAGUUUGCUGCUGAAAAGAAUCCAGUGGCAAAAGGUUUACACAAAUACUUUAACUCUUAUAAAGUUGCACUGGUAACUGCAUUCAUGCUAGAUGUCCACAGUGAAUUAGCUGUACUGAGCUGUCAGCUGCAGAAACAGAACCUAUUGUUCAGUGAAAUAAAUCCAUUGGUAGAUGGUACUCUGGCAAAACUUAAUAGCUUGGUUUCUUCUGAUGGAGAAGCACUUCAUGAAAUUAAACAAAAAAUCUUAAUUGAAAAUGAUGAGGCUAGUUAUAAUGGAGAGAAAUUGUUUUACAAUAAGAAUAUGGAAAAAGAGUUUGAAUCAUUAAAGUCAGAAUAUCUAAAGAAAAUGAAAAAGAAUAUUAAAGAAAGAUUUAAGAAGAAAGAUAUGGAUAUAUUUGAUGACUUAAGUAAAGUGCUAGAGCCAGAAUUUGUGGUUAGUGUAGACAAAAGUGAUACAGAGGGAGCAGUACAGCACCUGGCUACAUUCUAUGGCUAUGAGAAAACAGUGAAAGUUGUAGAAGGUAACUUGAUAGAGGGUACAGUUGAGCAUGAAACUAUUAUUGAGCCCCUUCUAGAUCCUAUCAAGUUAGAACAAGAAUGGCAAAGGCUGUAUGGAAUGAUUAAUGGGGCAUAUGCAUCUCUGACACCACAUAAAUUGUGUAAAAGAAUAAUUCUUCUCCAUUCAGAUUUAUUACCAAAUUUUGCAGCUCUUGCAUCUAUUGCAUUAUGCAUGCAACUGACAAGUGUGGAAUGUGAGCGCAGUUUCAGCGCUCAAAAUCGUUUAAAGAAUAAGUACCGGUCAUCUCUUGGAUCAGAAGCAUUAGACACUCUUUUGACAAUCAGUAUGUUAGGACCAUCUGUGAAUGAUUUUGAUACCAAACCAGCCAUCACCCUUUGGCUUAAAAUGAAGAAAAGGAGGAAGGGAAGAUUGUUCUCUGAAUAUAAGCCAAGAGCUAAAAAGCAGAAACUUUGUUAAAUUAGUAUUAGUGUUUCCUUGAUCACUCCAGGCUUUAUAGGAAAUAAAAACAUUGAGAUGAUUGCACUUUCAAUAAUUUGAUUUGAAAUGGACAAUUGUACUUAAUUGAACUCUAAAUAUCAUUUGUAUGCUAUAUGUUAAAACAGGUAGUUUUUACAAAGUUACUUUUAGUCUGGCAUAGAUCUGAUUUAUGCAUAGUUAAUAAAAAAUAAAACAGUUGUGAAAAGUUUUAGUAAACAAACGUUUUAGCUUCAUUAGUAUUGAAACCAUGAAAUUCAUAUCUUCAUAAUUAAAUACCCAAUUGAUCUUAAAAUCAUAGGAUAACUGGUUUUAGAAUACCCAAUUAAAUAGAGCCAAUACCCAAUUCCAAAUGAAAUGAUGGAGUAAUACCCAAUUCACUUCUAAAGC